AUGUCGUUGGACAGUGGCCAGCCCCCUGCACGGUGUGGAGCUUCAAUAGCGCAGAGCAGCGUCUACAGCAAAGUACUCCUCCUCACAGACUACCGUAGUGUUGUAAGUGUGUGUGUUUACCGGACCGAACGACAGACAUGGCAGAAAGUCGCACCAGCACCCGCCGCCGCCGCGCCGGCCAAGGCACCCAAGAAGAAGGCAGCAGCCAAGCCCAAGAAAGCGGGACCCAGCGUAGGCGAGCUCAUCGUCAAGGCGGUGUCCGCCUCCAAGGAGAGGAGCGGCGUGUCCCUGGCCGCGCUCAAGAAGUCUCUGGCGGCAGGCGGCUACGACGUGGAGAAGAACAACUCCCGUGUCAAGAUCGCCGUCAAGAGCCUCGUCACCAAGGGCACCCUGGUCCAGACUAAGGGCACCGGUGCUUCCGGCUCCUUCAAGCUCAACAAGAAGGCCGUCGAGGCAAAGAAGCCCGCCAAGAAAGCCGCAGCCCCCAAAGCUAAGAAGGUGGCCGCCAAGAAGCCCGCCGCCGCCAAGAAGCCCAAGAAGGUAGCAGCCAAGAAGGCCGUGGCCCGCAAAGAAAAAGCGGCCAAGAGCCCCAAGAAGGCUACCAAGGCAGCGAAGCCCAAAGCCGCUGCGCGCAAGAGCGCCCCGGCCACCGGCGGCGUGAAGAAGCCUCACCGUUACAGGCCCGGCACCGUGGCUCUUAGAGAGAUCCGUCGUUACCAGAAGUCCACUGAGCUGCUGAUCCGCAAACUGCCUUUCCAGCGCCUGGUGCGAGAAAUUGCCCAGGACUUUAAGACCGACCUGCGCUUCCAGAGUUCCGCAGUGAUGGCCCUGCAGGAGGCAAGCGAGGCUUACCUGGUCGGCCUGUUCGAGGACACCAACCUGUGCGCCAUCCACGCCAAGAGGGUGACCAUCAUGCCCAAGGACAUCCAGCUGGCCCGUCGUAUUCGCGGAGAGCGCGCAUAAACGAUGACCUGAUCU